AUGUCUGAUUCCUGGACGGUGCUCUCCAAUUUCUCCCUCCCCGAGAGAAGCCUGCUGCGGCGCUCCAAGAGCUGCCGCGCCAGCAACAGGAAGAGUCUGAUUGUGACGUCCAGCACCUCCCCCACCCUGCCGCGACCCCACUCGCCCCUGCACGGACACACAGGAACCAGCCCUCUGGACAGCCCUCGGAACUUCUCCCCCAACACAGCCGCUCACUUCUCCUUCGUUCCGGCUCGCAGUCACGGACACAGAGCUGACAGGUCGGAUGGCAGACGCUGGUCCCUGGCCUCGCUGCCCUCCUCUGGGUAUGGAACCAACACCCCCAGCUCCACUGUCUCGUCCUCCUGUUCAUCUCAGGAGAAGCUGCACCAGCUGCCCUUCCAGCCCACGCCCGACGAGCUGCACUUCCUCACCAAACACUUCAGCUCUGAGAGCAUCACGGACGAGGAGGGCCGGCGCUCGCCCGCCAUGAGACCGCGCUCCCGCAGCCUCAGCCCUGGACGCUCACCAGUCUCCUUCGACCACGAGAUCAUGAUGAUGAACCACGUGUACAAGGAGAGAUUCCCCAAGGCGACAGCUCAGAUGGAGGAGCGUCUGGCCGAGCUGCUCGCCUCCUCGGCCCCCGAUAAGGUCUGCCCGCUGGCCGACGGGGUCCUGAGCUUCAUCCACCACCAGCUGAUUGAGCUGUCCAGGGACUGCCUGGAGAAGAGCCGCGAGGACCUCAUCACCUCCCGCUACUUCUACGAGCUCCAGGAGAGUCUGGAGAAGCUGCUGCAAGACGCUCACGAGCGCUCGGAGAGCGUGGAGGUGACCUUCGUCACCCAGCUGGUCAAGAAGCUGAUGAUCAUCAUCGCCCGGCCCGCCCGUCUCCUGGAGUGUUUGGAGUUUGAUCCUGAGGAGUUUUACCACCUGCUGGAGGCAGCAGAAGGCCAUGCAAAGGAGGGCCAGGGCAUCAAAUCCGACAUCCCCCGUUACAUCAUCAGUCAGCUGGGCCUCACCAGGGACCCUCUGGAGGAAAUGACCCAGCUGAGCAGCUAUGACAGCGGGAACCCAGAGACCCCGGAGACCGACGAUUCAGUGGAUAGUCGAGGAACCACUGUGCCGGCACCCCCCCCACCAGCCAAAACCAAAGCUCCCCGAGAGGAAGACUUUGAGAACAUCAAGCUGAUCAGUAACGGAGCCUACGGGGCCGUGUAUCUGGUACGCCACAAAGAGACCAGGCAGCGAUUCGCCAUGAAGAAGAUCAACAAGCAGAACCUGAUCCUCAGGAACCAGAUCCAGCAGGCCUUCGUGGAACGGGACAUUCUCACCUUCGCCGAGAACCCGUUUGUGGUCUCCAUGUUCUGUUCCUUCGAGACCCGGAGGCACCUGUGCAUGGUGAUGGAGUACGUGGAGGGGGGGGACUGCGCCACGCUGCUGAAGAACAUCGGCGCCCUGCCGGUCGACAUGGCUCGCAUGUACUUCGCUGAGACCGUCCUGGCGUUGGAGUAUCUCCACAAUUACGGCAUUGUGCACCGAGACCUCAAACCCGACAACCUUCUUAUCACGUCCAUGGGACACAUCAAGCUGACGGACUUUGGCCUCUCGAAGAUCGGGCUGAUGAGCUUGACCACCAACCUGUAUGAAGGCCACAUCGAGAAAGACACCAGAGAGUUCCUGGAUAAGCAGGUCUGCGGGACGCCGGAGUACAUCGCCCCCGAGGUGAUCCUGCGCCAGGGCUACGGCAAGCCGGUGGACUGGUGGGCCAUGGGGGUCAUCCUGUACCAGUUCCUGGUGGGCUGCGCCCCGUUCUUCGGGGACACCACAGAGGAGCUGUUUGGUCAGGUGAUCAGCGAUGAGAUCAUCUGGCCGGAGGAGGACGAGGCUCUGCCCCACGAGGCUCAGGACCUCAUCACCAAGCUGCUCCGGCAGAACCCUCUGGAGCGGCUGGGAACAGGCGGCGCCUACGAGGUGAAGCAGCACCCCUUCUUCACCGACCUGGACUGGAACAGCCUGCUGAGGCAGAAGGCCGAGUUCAUCCCGCAGCUGGAGUCCGAGGACGACACCAGCUACUUUGACACUCGCUCCGACCGGUACCACCACGUGGACUCAGAGGAGGAGGACGACACCAACGACGACGAGCACGUGGAGAUACGACAGUUCUCCUCCUGCUCGCCCCGCUUCAGCAAGGUGUACAGCAGCAUGGAGCGUCUGUCUCUACACGAGGAGAAGAGGACUCCCCCUCCCACCAAACGCAGCCUGAGCGAGGAGGGAGGAGACCGCCUGGACAGCCUGAGCGGGCUGAAGUCCAGGGACCGGUCCUGGCUGGUGGGAUCCCCAGAGAUCCUGCGGAAGCGCCUGUCGGUGUCCGAGUCGUCCCACACGGAGAGCGACUCCAGUCCUCCACUGACCGUCCGCCGGCGCUGCUGCUCCGCCAUCAUCGAGAUGCCCCGCUUCGCCAUCUCUGCCGAGGAGGAGGGAGGCCAAGGAGCAGCUGGCAGUCGUAAAAGCCCGAGCCUGCUGGGUCUGAGCUCCCUGAGGGGCCCGCGCUGCGAGGAGCUUCCGCUGGCCAUCCCGGAGCUGCCGUUGGAAAGAGAGCUGAAGCUGGACGAGUCUCCCACCACACCCAGCUCCACCUCCAGCCAGCAGAGCAAAGCCACGCUCACACCGGGCAGCUCAGGAGACGUGUGCGAGCGCGCCAACGGCAGCGCCGGCGCCGCCAAAGCCGCCGCAGAGGCCGACUCGCCCUCCGCCCCCAAGGCCAUCAGCGACCUGGCGGCCCGCCGCGCUCGCCAUCGCCUCAUGUCCGGUGACACCGAGAAACACACCGCCCCCAGCUCCAGGCCGCUCAACAAGGUCAUCAAGUCCGCGUCCGCCACCACGCUGUCGCUGAUGAUCCCUGCGGACCACCAUGGAGCCUCCCCAUUGGCCAGCCCAAUGUCGCCCCACUCUCUGUCGUCCAACCCGUCGUCACGGGACUCGUCUCCGAGCCGCGACCUGUCUCCGGCCGUCAGCAGCGUGAAGCCGGCCAUCGUCAUCCACAGAGCAGGAAAGAAGUACGGCUUCACGCUGAGAGCCAUCCGGGUCUACAUGGGAGACUCCGACAUCUACACCGUGCAUCACAUGGUCUGGCACGUGGAAGGGGGGGGUCCUGCGCACGAGGCGGGGCUCAGGGAGGGCGACCUCAUCACCCACGUCAACGGCGAGCCAGUCCACGGUCUGGUUCACACCGAGGUGGUGGAGCUCAUCCUGAAGAGCGGAGCCAAAGUGUCCAUCUCUGCCACGCCGUUUGAAAACACCUCCAUCAAAGUCGGCCCUGCCCGCAAGACCGGCCACAAGUCCAAGAUGGCGAGACGCAACAAGAAGACCAAGACCAAGGAGGGGCAGGACAGCAGUAAGAAGAGGACGCCGCUGUUCAGGAAGAUCACCAGGCAGGUGUCUCUGAUCCACACCAGCCGCAGUCUGUCCUCGUUAAACCGCUCCCUGUCGUCCGGCGAGAGCGGCCCCGGCUCGCCCACGCACAACCUGUCCCCACGGAGCCCCACUCAGGGCUACAGGGCCACAGCAGACUCCGCCCACUCAGUUGGAGGAAACUCGUCCCAGAGCAGCUCCCCCAGCUCCAGCGUGCCCAACUCUCCGGCCAGCUCCGGCCACAUCCGGCCCAGCUCUCUGCACGGCCUGGCCCCCAAGCUGCAGCGCCAGUACCGCUCGCCCCGCCGCAAGUCUGCGGGCAACAUCCCCCUCUCCCCGCUGGCCCGCACGCCCUCUCCCACGCCGCAGAGCAGCUCGCCUCAGCGCUCCCCCUCGCCGCUGUCCGGCCACGCUCUGGGCCCGCCCGCCUUCCCGGUCAAGCUGCACUCCUCCCCUCCCCUGGUCAGGCAGAUCUCCCGGCCCAAGAGCGCCGAGCCCCCGCGCUCGCCGCUGCUGAAGAGGGUGCAGUCGGCCGAGAAGCUGGCCUCCUCGCUGUCCAACCCCCCCUCGUCUCCGGCCGCCAUGGCGGCGGCGGCGGCCGGGAGCCGCAAACACAGCCUGGACAUCUCCCACUCAGAGUUCAAGAAGGAGAUUCUGCAGCGGGAGCCGAGCUUACAGAGCCUGCAGGAGUCGGCCAGCGAGGGCCUCCUGUCGGCGGGCCGCGGCGUGGAGAAGGGCAGCCUGCAGAAACACUCCUCCAGGAAGCUGGGCCGCCAGGAGGGCGACGGCGCCCUGGGCCCGCCGUCCGGGUCGCUGGGCCUGCCCGGCAAGAGCAAGCUGAAGGACAAGCUGUCGGCCAUCCGGCAGGACCGCGCCGAGCGCCGCGAGUCUCUGCAGAAGCAGGACGCCAUCCACGAGGUGGACUCGUCCGAGGACGAGACGGACGAGGGCUCCGAGGACAGCCAGGACGGGCGCAGGGCGGCCGCCGCCGCCUUCAUGCCGCCGCCCCUGCUGAGGCCCACCUCCGUCCGCACGGGGCCCGGGGGCACGCUGCCCUCCCUCUGCCUGGCCCCCAGCGUGCCGCACGCCACCUUCAGCCACACGGGCCCCGCCCAGCUCAGCCGGCCCGCCCCCUCCCACCCGGAGCCCAAGCCCGGCCAGAGCCCCGCCCCCGCCGGGCCCACAGACGCCGCCCCGGCCCAGAAGGCUCCAGAGCCCGGCGGGUCCACAAAGCCCGCCCUGGGCCCGCUGCCCUUCUCCACGCCGGGCAGCGCCUUCAUCUCGGUCAGUAAGGACUCGCCUCUCAAGCCCAAAGCCGACGAGCGGCCGACCAGCUCCCCCGACCCCCGAACGGCCAGCAGCAGCCCCGAGCCGCCCCGCGCCUCCUGCUCCUCCCCGGGCAUCCCAAAGGAGAAGAAGGAGGCCGACAACCGCAGGCUCUGUGCGGCGGCAGUGGCCCCGCCCCCGCCCGUCCCCUCCUCUGCUCCAGGCCCCGCGGCUCCGCCCACCGAGAGCAGCAUGGACCGGGUGGUGUCGCAGCUCGCCACGGUGGCAAAGAGCGUCCUGGGUCCCGUCAAACUCGCCACAAAAGAGCAGAGAGCCCCAGAACCCUCCGACCCGGCUCCCCCGUGCCCCAACGCCCGGAGAGGAACGCCGCCACCGCCGCCGGCAGCAUCAGGGCCCGCCGCCCGCACCGCCGCCCCCACCUCUGCAGCACCUGAGCCACAGCGCAGGAGGGUCGACCCGCCGCCGCCCGCCACCGCCACGCCCGCCGCCGGCCAGCAGAGCAAAGCGGCCGGCAGGAAGACGUAG